CAUGGAGAAAAACCAUCAACUGUUAUUAGAGAGAAGGUUUUGUGGCCUUUUUAAUAAGGGUAAAGAGGUAAAAAACCUUGAACCUAUAUAUUAGCGGGGGUGGUCAUCGUCGCCGAGAGAAAGCAGCCAAAAAUCGAAAGUCAAAAUCUAGUCCACCUCCUCUUGAACUUCACAGCUGAGUGAAAGAGAGAGACAGAGAGAUGGCAAAGGCGACAACGAGGAGGAAAGCGGAGGAGCUGGUGGAGAAGGUGAUGAAGGGAAAUGAUUCUUCUCAUGAUGCUUCGCACGUGUGGAGGGUACGAGACCUUGCUCUCUCCAUUGCUCGGGAGGAAGGUCUCUCAUCCAACUCCGACUCCAUGGAAAUUGUGGAGCUUGCAGCUCUUCUCCAUGACAUAGGUGAUUACAAGUACAUAAGAGACCCUUCGGAAGCUAAACUUGUUGAGAAUUUCCUGGAUGAGGAGGGUGUUGAAGAGACCAAGAAGGUGAAAAUACUAAAGAUCAUCAACGGAAUGGGUUUCAAAGACGAAUUAUCAGGGCAAGCACUCUGCGAAUCUCUUCCUGAAUUUGGGGUAGUUCAAGAUGCUGAUCGCCUUGAUGCCAUUGGCGCCAUAGGAAUUGCUCGUUGCUUUACAUUUGGUGGAAGCAGGAACAGAGUGCUUCAUGAUCCGGAGAUCAAGCCCCGGACAGAGUUAACCAAAGAGCAGUACAUGAAGAAAGAGGAGCAAACAACUAUUAACCACUUCCAUGAGAAACUCCUCAAGCUGAAGAAGCUGAUGAAAACCGAGGCGGGUAAAAGGAGGGCAGAGAAAAGGCACGAGUUUAUGGAAGAGUUUCUUAAGGAGUUCUAUCAAGAGUGGGAUGGGAGAGCUUGACAAAGUUGAUUAUGGAGAAGAAAAGCAGAGGAUGUAUUCAAAGGGUUACUUAACCGGACCUCGAUGAAGUAAGCUGUACCAGACCAAACCGACCAACAUGUGGUUUGUGUUUAAAACAAGUGAAAACUGUUAAAAUCUGAAAAUAUUUAUUCCGUGAUGAAUUUAUAAAAGUUAAUUGUUUGUGAAUGAUAUUUUUACUUUUCAGUUUUGUCAAUCCUAAUAUAAAUAUGAUUGUGGAAUGAAUCAAGGUUU